AUGCCACCUCAUCAUCAACGCCACCACACACUGAGCCAGGGAUUGGACAAAGAGGUAUACCAAAUCGUCCGCAAGAUCAUCGAUGAGCGCUCGCAAUACGGCGACCCCUCCACCAGCCGCGUCUCUUUCGCCAACGUCUACGACACAAUCAAAGGAUCGAAUUCGAGCCUGAAUCGCAGGCCGAAAAAGUUGUUAGAAGACAGCAUCGGGCGGGUCCUCGAAACGAUACAGCAAGAUACAGAAGCCGAGUCUGAUGAUUUUGACGCUUCCCUUGCUCAAGCGGUGCCGCAACAACAGCAACAGAUACCGGCGUCCAACGGCCUGAACAAGAGCAUUGUGAAAGCCUGGGCAAGACGAGAGGGUGGACAGGAUACUAUGCGCUCCGAACCAUCCGCAUCCGCAUCCGCGGCUAGUCGCCGCCUUCCGAAUGGCGAACCAUCCCAAAAGCGCCGCAAACAUACGACUCCAUCAAUUGACACGUCUCCUCCGACCCACGUCUCGCUCAACUCGAUGGGCGGAGUUGACGCCGUGAUCAAACAGCUCAAAAAGCUGCUGGUCAUACCUCUGAUCCACCCGCAGAUGUAUAUGUCGAGCAAGGCCCAACCACCGCGAGGAGUCCUCAUCCAUGGCCCCCCGGGGUGUGGGAAGACGAUGAUAGCCCAUGCUUUCGCAGCGACUUUGGGGGUGAACUUUAUCUCCAUUUCCGCGCCCAGCAUUGUGUCAGGAAUGUCUGGCGAGUCGGAGAAGGCGUUGCGUGACCAUUUUGAGGAGGCGAAAAAGGCCGCUCCUUGCCUGCUCUUCAUCGAUGAGAUUGAUGUGAUCACGCCCAAGCGCGACUCGACAGAGCGUCAGAUGGAGAAGCGGAUCGUCGCGCAAUUGAUGACGCUUAUGGACGACCUCGACCUCCAAUUGACGGAUGGAAAGCCCGUGAUUGUGUUGGCUGCUACCAACCAUCCGGACAGUCUCGACCCUGCCUUGAGACGGGGUGGGCGCUUCAACAACGAGAUUAACAUGGGUGUGCCGAACGAGAUUAUGCGCGAAGAGAUCUUGCGGGCCUUGACACAAGAGGCAAAUCUUGCUGGCGAUGUGGACCUCUCCCUCCUCGCCAAAAACACUCCCGGUUAUGUGGGCGCAGACUUGAACGAUCUUGUCUCCGUGGCCAGUACUACUGCGAUGGAACGAUGUUUUGAUGUUCUACAAGCAAAGUCGGAGCCGUCGUCCAUGGACCUUGAUGUGCCGCCCGAGGACUUCACUGCGCCGGCAUCGUCUGAAGUUGCCUCGCUUUACCAAUUGGUCAAAUAUAUGCGAGAAAACCCACCAGAGCCAGGUAGCAGCAUGACAAUAACCUCUCAUGAUUUCAUGACCGCACUUGCACAAGUUCAGCCCUCGGCCCUGCGAGAAGGCUUCGCCACCAUCCCAUCCACGACUUUCGAUUCUAUCGGGGCUUUGAAGAGCCAUAUCAAAGAGUUGGAGAGGGCCAUCAUCAAUCCGAUUCUGAAACCCAAGGUGUACAGUGAGUUAGGAAUCACUCCUUCCUCUGGCGUCCUGCUGUGGGGCCCACCUGGCUGUGGGAAAACGUUGCUCGCCAAGGCAUGUGCAAACGCGAGCCACGCCAAUUUCAUCAGUGUCAAGGGUCCCGAGCUGCUCAAUAAGUAUGUCGGUGAAUCGGAGCGUGCAGUUCGCCAAGUCUUCAACCGCGCCAGAUCCAGUGUACCAGUCAUCAUCUUCUUCGACGAACUCGAUGCUUUGGUUCCCCGACGCGACGGCGGCACCUCCGAGGCGAGUGCCCGCGUAGUCAACACCAUGCUGUCCGAGCUUGAUGGCUUUGGCCAUAGUCGAGACGGAAUCUUUGUUAUUGGUGCAACAAACCGGCCUGACAUGAUCGAUCCAGCAAUGUUGAGGCCCGGUCGUAUGGAUACCAAGUUGUUCAUCAGACUCCCCGAUGCUGAGGAGAGGGUGGAUAUCCUACGAACCUUGUGCAAGAAUAUGGACUCCCAACUCGUGUUUGACGAGUCCCUUGCCGCCAUCGCGCGAUCAAGCGAAGGCUACAGUGGCGCUGACUUGGAAUCCCUAUUACGUAGAGCCGGAUAUGCAGCUAUCGACCGCCUUGAACACUCCAUUUCCGUCGACUCCGUUGCUGCCAAAAUAUGUGCAGCAGACUUUGAGGCAGCGAGAAACGAGGUGACAAGGAGUGUCAGCGUUGAAGACGAGAAGCGUUAUUCAAGGCUGGAAGAGAAGUGGGGGAAGAAUUGA